CAGGGGAGCAGGCGGCGACGGUCCGAGCUCCGGGUCCUUGUGCGUUCGCGGCCCACGCCCGGCUAGAGCCGUCAGGGGACCAUGGUGUUGGACCAGGAGGACGUUCGUAGUUCCUUGCAAUUCUGAGGCACAAAAGUAGGUGAGACUGCUUUUGUAUCUGCGAAGUGCUUCACUCCUGAAUGUAAUUCUAGCUGAGUGCAAUCUAGGUUAAGAGCCGGACAAGCGGGUAAUUAGAGCCCGCUCGCUGCCCGAGGACCGACCGCCCAGCCGAAGCGCGCCCGGAGUCGGCGCCCUUUUCCCGGCCGAGCCGAGCUGCGGCUGGACACGGAGCGCCCGAGAUGAUGGUGCUGGACAAGGAGGACGGUGUGCCAAUGCUGUCCGUCCAGCCUAAAGGGAGGCAGAAGGGCUGUGCCGGCUGUAAUCGCAAGAUCAAGGACCGCUACCUGCUGAAGGCGCUGGACAAGUACUGGCACGAGGACUGCCUCAAGUGUGCCUGCUGCGACUGCCGCCUGGGUGAGGUGGGCUCCACCCUCUACACCAAGGCCAACCUCAUCCUGUGCCGGCGUGACUACCUGAGGCUCUUUGGCACCACAGGAAACUGUGCUGCGUGCAGCAAGCUGAUCCCAGCUUUCGAAAUGGUGAUGCGGGCACGAGACAAUGUGUAUCACCUUGACUGCUUUGCCUGCCAGCUCUGCAACCAGAGAUUUUGCGUGGGAGACAAAUUCUUCCUGAAGAACAACAUGAUCUUGUGUCAGAUGGACUAUGAGGAGGGGCAGCUGAAUGGAACCUUCGAAUCCCAGGUUCAGUAACACCUGGUGCCUGGCCUCCAGGCCCAUCCGUCCAUCUGCCCGCCUGCCUGACAGGCUGGCCAGCUACUCUGCCUGCGCGGGCUGGCCAGCCGCUGUCCUGCGAGUUAGAACUUCAUCCUCAAUGGGAGGGUGGCAUUUUCUCCACCUCCAUCACCCGUCUAUGUGGGACCCCUCCUGGGGCUAGGCUCGGCCUGUACAGUCUGUCUUCUGUAUAUAAAUGGGAACAUUUAUUUUAUGAGAAAUGUAAUGCGAUUUUAUUACUGGCGUGGAUUAAACUUAUGAAUGUUUCCGGGGAUAUGACUCUGCGUUGUUCACA